CUGAUAUGCAACAAACGAUAUGGCAGCAUAAACAUUUAAGUUCAAAUUUUAUGCUUCUCAAAAUCUCAUAUGCCAAAAAAAAAUUUAGUUAAAAUGGAAAGUGCCGUGAAGAAGAGGUUUAUAACAAGGAAAAGAAAAUCAACUGCUGGCGAAAGAAAAAUCUCACAUCCGUGGAAUGAUAAGGAAAUCCAGCGUUUGAUUAAUGCUGUUAAAAAACGCGCGCUCUUAUGGAAUGCAGGCCUGUCGGAUAACAAAAUGUCUCGGCUAGAUGCUUGGCGAGAAGUAGUUGCAGAGCUCAAUAUUGAUGGAAUGACUAUUACGGAAGCCAAAACCAAAUGGCUAGCUUUGCGGGCUACUUUUAAAACAAACUUAGCAAAAUCUCGUCAAAGGAAAUCAGGCCAAGGAACUCGAGAAUCUCAGACAAAACUUUGGCGCCAUUUUAAGCAAAUGUUAUUUUUAGAAGACAUUGUUCAAACCGCAACUACACAACCUACAUCGACUUUCGAUUUGACAUCUACUGAUGCAAAUGAUAUUGUGAUAAAGUUGGACUCACCACAGACUACACCUCCUAAUCCAUUUCAAAGCAACAACCGACAAUGUGUGGAGCUACCGCCUGUGCAAAAUAGUCCAGUAAGAAAUAAUCUGGAGGAAAUUCAACCUAAAGCAGUAACUACUCUACCAAUAUCUGAUGCUAACUCUGCUUGUUGCGAUCACAUAUUAUCUGAAUUAUCUGCUCUUCCGAACAAUAAAGCACAACGUUUGCGACGAUUAUUAAUUAAUGUGAUGUAUGACUUCUUAGAAAGUCAUUCAUGAUCAUACAUAAAGUUUGUUCACUUAGCAAAGGCAUUGUCAGCAAUCGGCAAUCAGCUCAUAUGAGCAUGUAAAUCGCUAAUUUGUCAAUGGUUGAGCAAAGAUACAACACCAUCAUUAGUUUUGACCUUUGUCAACAUAUAUAAACUUGUACACUGCAUUUACGAAAACAUUCAAACGAUCCUGUCGACUAUUAAAAGUAGUUGUAAUAGGAAAAUAUCCUAGAAAAUAAGAAAUACUUAUUACAUGACUAAAAUUAAAAUUAUCAUAUCAUAUAUGACUUUAGUCAGGAUGACGUGCUCUGCUGUUUCUUUAAAUACUAAUUAAUUAAUACUUAAUUAUAUAAAU